AUGCCAGCUAUACGUUCAUCUACUUCUACUUCUGCUUCUACUGAUACUCAUCGUUCUUAUCCUCAUCAGGAUGAUCGAAACCGAAAUCGAAAUCAAAAUCGACUCUUUUGCACUCGUUGUAGAUUAGUCAAAGAAUUAGACGAAUUCGAUGGAAAUCAAUUAGUCAAUCGGUUUGGUAAAAAUCAAAUAAGAAGUCAUAAAUUUAAAAAUUAUAAUGUAGAAGAAGAAAGAUUAAAAUCAUCAAUCGAAUUAGAUAAGAAAGAUAAAGUUUGGUGUAAGAGAUGUGUACCUAAACAAAUUGAAGAGUUUCAUUGUAGUGAUUGUCAAAGGACUUUACCAAGAGCCAAAUUUUCACAAGCACAGUUUAAAAUGAAUAAAACAGAUGAUGAUAGAUUAUGUAAAGAUUGUGCAAAUUUGAUUACUGAAAGAAUUGAAGCUCAUAGACUUGGUAAUCAUUUUGAAGUUGAAAUGAUUGAUGAAAAAUUAGCUUCUAUAAGUCAUGAAUCAUCUGAAACUUCAAACCAAUCUUCUUCAAAAGAGAUCGUCACUCUAGAAGAUUAUGAUGAUGAUGAUGAAGAUGAAUAA